AUGCUGAAUUUUUUUCAGUGGUCAGGCUUCACUCCAAAGUUCCGAAGUGGAGGGAAGAAGCUGAGCCCAAUUCUCCUUUCCGAUCAGCCAAGGUUCAUGUCUGAGCUUGACAUCCAAGUCCCUAUCCCAUUUGAUCCUUUUGCUGAGGGGAAUGCUGAAGACUCAGGUGCUGGGUCGAAAGAAUAUGUGCAUAUCCGCGUACAGCAGCGCAAUGGUAGAAAAAGCCUGACAACUGUCCAGGGUUUGAAGAAAGAGUUCAGCUACAAUAAAAUACUUAAGGACCUUAAGAAGGAGUUUUGCUGCAAUGGAACUGUUGUCCAGGAUCCCGAGCUGGGCAAGGUUAUACAACUUCAAGGUGAUCAGCGGAAGAAUGUUUCAUCCUUCCUUAUUCAGGCUGGCAUUGUGAAGAAGGAGAACAUCAAAAUCCAUGGGUUUUAG